AUGUCUGCUGGCGCCUACGACCGACACAUUACCAUCUUUGCCGACAAUGGCCGGCUCUACCAAGUCGAAUAUGCCUUCAAGGCAAUCACAGCCGCCAACAUCAUGUCGGUGGGCGUCCGCGGCAAGGACUGCGCCGUAGUCCUCUCACAGAAGAAAGUCCCGGACAAGCUCAUCGAUCCCUCCUCCGUGUCCCACAUCUUCCAGCUAUCCCCGUCUGUCGGCUGCGUCAUCACCGGAUCUAUUGCCGAUGCCCGAGCCUUUGCGCAAAGAGCCCAGGGCGAGGCAGCCGAGUUUAGAUACAAGUUUGGGUACGAGAUGCCCGCGGAUGUCCUGGCCAAGCGCCUGGCCAACAUUAGCCAAGUCUACACCCAGCGGGCCUACAUGCGCCCGUAUGGCGUGGCCACGACCAUCAUCGCCCUCGACUCCGAGUUCGGCCCCCAGCUGUUCAAGUGCGAUCCUGCCGGAUACUACAUUGGCUACAAGGGCACUGCCGCGGGACCUAAGCAGCAGGAGGCGUUGAAUCACCUGGAGAAGAAAUUGCGCAACAAAGACCAUGCCGAGGGCUCCUGGGAGGAGGUUGUCGAGCUGGCCAUCACAACCUUGAGCACCGUGCUCAGCAUGGACUUCAAGAAGGGAGAGGUCGAGAUUGGCAUCGUCGGCGGCCCGCGGAAGGAUGGAAAGGAGGGAACUGACCCUGCGUUCCGGAUGCUCACCGAGGAUGAAAUCGACGAGCGAUUACAAGCCAUCGCCGAGAAGGACUAA